UCAGCUUUGAAUAAAAAGCCAAAGUAUGAUUUGUUAUUUCAUCAUUCUCGGUUGUUUGAGUUUGAGUUUAAGUAUUUAAGAAAAAACUGAAAUAAAAUCCAAUCAAAAAUGGUUUAUAUAAAUUCUCGUGGUGAAAUUCUUGAACAAGAACCAAUAACAUGGAAAACACCAUUCAAAAUUGUAUUACGAUUCGUUUGGUUUUUUAUCAAUUUUUUUCUCACGUUAUUCGGUUUAAGUGAUCGUUCUGAUUCGAUGAAAAGAUAUUUUCUUGGCAGUAGUGGAUAUUCCAGCGGUGGCGGUAAUGAUGGUGGUCAUGGUCCAGGAGGAGGAGGAGGUGGCGGUGGUGGUUAUGGUGGUGGACGACCUCGAAGAAUAGCAACAUUACCUCGUAACAGUCCGAUUGGAAUGUCAACUUGUCCGGGUGGAUCUUGUGGACGUUAAAAUAUUUAUUCAUUUUCAAUUCAAUUUAAUUCCUAAAUCAUACACAAUUUUUUUUCAUUCAUAUUAAUGUUGUUUUUAAUUUUUUGUUAAUCGAUGUUUGCGAUGAUAUUUUAU